AUUUGCGAGGGCGUGGAGGAAAGAUCAAGGAGCUCGAGGACGAGCUCGCACAAUUCCGGACACGCUGCGAAAAGCUCCAACAAGAGCUCCUCACCAAAAACGACUCCAUCGCGGUCUUAACAGCUGAGAACAAAGCCCUCAAGUCAGCUGCCGCGGCCCCCGCUCCACCGCCCUCUACCUCCAGCGCCCUGCAGCACCUCAACCGGCAGCUGGACGAGCAGCUGCACAAGGCCCUCCUACUGGAGCAAGACCUGGCAGCCGCACGGCAACGAGAGGCUGUCUCCGCCCAGCGGCUGAGCUCCCUGGAGUCUCUGCUAGCCGAGCAGCGCGCCGAGCACGCGCGGCUGAUGGGCGAGGAGCAAGCGGGGUGCGCCAAGCUGCGCGCCGAGCUGGAGGCGGUGCGCGCGGAGGCCAAGGUGGCGGUGCAGCGGGCCGAGCUGGCGGAGCGGGUGGCGCAGCGGCGCGUGGAGGCGGAGCAGGAGAUACUCAAGGUGGCUCAGUCGCAGCUGGAGGAGGUUCGCUCCCAGGGCUCCAACCUCAAGG